UCGCGGAACGUGUAACACUAUUUACUGAUUUUAAACUAAAAUGAGUUUCCUUAAUAAAGUAGUUUUGGUGACUGGUGCUGGUUCUGGAAUCGGUCAAGCUGUAAGUUUACAGUUUGCGAAAUAUACGGCAAGACUGUCACUUGUUGACAAAGAUGAAGAGAAUUUAAAGAAAACUGGUGCACUAUGCCAAAAGUUAAUUCGAGCUAAAGUACUCACAACAGUUGCAGAGUUACGUGAAGAAGAAGAUAUCAAAAAAGCUGUAGCUAACACUAAAGCUGAAUUUGGAAGAAUUGAUAUUGUUGUCAACUGUGCGGGAAUAUACAGGCCAACUAGUAUAUUCGAUUCUAAUUUAGUUGAACUAUUUGACGAUGUAAUGGCAACUAAUCUCAGGUCUGUUGUGUUUUUGAUUAAUUGUGUCGCCAAUGAUUUAGUGGAAACAAAAGGAAACAUCAUAAACAUUACAGGAGAAAUGCGUUCGUUAGGUGCAUUUAAAGGUAUAGCAUACCAAACGACGAUUGCAGCUCUGGAGCAUUUUACUACUAGUAUAGCCUUGGAACUGGCUCCUAAAGGUGUUCGAGUAAACUCCAUAUCACCCGGUGUAGUGAAAACAAAUAUUUUGGACAAUGCUGGUGUUAACUCAGAAGAAAGUGAAGCUUUCUGGAGCAAGGCUUCAUCUGCGCCUCUAAAUAAACUGGUGAAAACUGAAGAUAUUGCAGAAUUUGUCACAUUUUUGGCUAGUGACAAAGCGAGAGCCAUGACUGGUAGUACCUAUUCAAUUGAUGCUGGAUUAGGCUUAUCACGACAUUUAUAAAUUGGAUAUAAAGAGAUAACGCACUUGAAAGACGAAUGUAAAUUCUUAAAUUAUAUUUGACCUUGAUAUUAUGAUGCCAUAUUUUAGUUUCAAAUACUCAUGUAGUCAAUAUCAGCUACUGAGCAGAUAAAGGGAGGCUAAUACUUGAGAUAACAGUUUGAUAAAUAACUGUUUCUACUUACUUAUCUAUGCGGUCAUUUUAAUUUUGCAUAAAAAUAUUAUAGUGUUAACACUUAUAACACACAGCUUCACUCAAUUUAAGAACAACAAAGGUAUAAGUAACAGGAGACCUCCAUUUAAAUGGUGCGGUUAUUGAAUAAAAACACAAUGUAAAAACGAAUCGUUGGGCUCAACCUCGCUGCUUAUGAGAUUUUUUAUGAAGCAUGAAAUGCAGGUAUAGAAAUUAUGGAAUAUAUGGUUUUGUAAUAGCUUGUGUUUUACUCAGUCACCACGCAUUUUGUUUAACUACAUAAAACAUUUAAGUAUGUUAUGUAUUUGAAAACAAUAAAUAAAUACUAAUUCAUACUAAUCCUAAUCUUUUUCUGUUACAAUUUGUGUUUUUCUGAAAAAAUGUUUGUAUAGCACAUGUAUGCCGUCUUUAAAUAACACGAGUAGCUGGAAGUUGGUGCCAUAAACUAAUGUAUGCAGAAUGGACGCCGGGUUCUGCACAGACAAUUUCACGCGCGCUUAGCUAAUGUUUGCCGAGCGAUUUGCCGGCGGCAUCGCGAUGGACGGUCGUUUUUUCCCUGCCGACGGCCCGUCCAAGCAUGUUAGAGAGAUGUUCCCAAUCUAGAAGCCGCUGUAUGCAUGAGGAAUUGAUAUACGAACAUAGCCAACCGGAUGCUUUAUGUUCCGGGCGAUUUCAUUCCAGAUUUUGUUUUUAUUUACCUUUUUUUCUUUUAACAUCAGUUACAUCAGUAACAUGAGUGAAACUGUGUCUGUCUCUCUCAUUUGUGUAAUAUCUGCUCCAUUGAUAUAUAGCGCAAUAGCUACCUCCAACUAGCAUAGUUUGAAUUCGUCAAGUAAUAAUGAAAAUUUUGGUACUAUGGUACUGGAACAUUCUGCACUUUUUUCAUUAUUUUGCAAGCCUAUAUCGUUAAGUAAUCCCACUUAUCACACGUAAUUCUUGGGGUUUAA